AUGGCGCAGGCUUCGUUUGCGCAAAAUGGCACGUGCGUGGCUAACGAUAUGUGUACACCUAACUACGCUGCUGGUUGGGACGCUAAGUUUGUCCCUGGUACGUUGAAUGGAAAGGGGACGGACGAAUUCCACCAGGUGAAUGCUGAAGCCCGGCUCUUCGUUGGCCAAAUAUUCUCAGCCGCGACCCUUAAGAACAUCGAGCCCGACUCUGACUGGAGAGGCAUUAAAAUUGAUAGGUGGACUCUCAAAGAUAUCGAUUUUCGUGUGGAGAACUGUGAUGGUUCCGAGCCUGGAAACUCGGCCGGAAUCGAUUGCGAUUCCCCCCGUGGGACACUUAAUCUUGGGUAUUUUUCCUCUCCUACUCCCGCUACAGUUCGGGUACCGGUUUAUGCCUCUCUGCCGCACUUCACGUUGAUUCCUGGAACCUCUUCCCGUGAUAACUAUCAUCCUGGUGAAAGGGUUUCCAUCGUGUCUUGUACUGGUGACUCUGACUGUCAGGGGACGAGAGAAUUCACAGUUGACAUUUUUACAGAGCCGUUGACUGGCGUUCUACUUAAUGGUCAGCAAAGACUGCAGCUGAACGUUGCCUUCCCCCCAACAGCUAAUGGUCAGACCGGCAACAUGACUGACGGGCUCCUCUUGCCGGCUUUUUGGUUGAAUAAACACCAGACGGCUUUUGGAUUCCAGAUUGACGCUGUAAAGACUCUCCAGUCUGGCCCUACUCUUUUUAACAUUCUCCUGGGUAUCUUGCUCGCUGUGGGUAUAGUACUACUUAUCGCUGCUGUCAUACUGGCAUUACUUGGCUGGCGAAGGAGGAAGAUACUUCGUGAGAUGUCUUUAGGAGUAGGCGGUGUGAAGCCGAGCGUUGAAGUGAGCUAG